AGCAUAGUUGGGUUAUUCAUCGUUGCCAUUUGCUGGGGGUUCACUAACCCAUUCAUCAAGUCAGGCAGUAAGGGAUUGGAAGCAGUGAGCCUCAAGCAUGCAUCUAGUUCCUGGUGGACAAGACAGGCAGCGGAACUGUGGUUUCUUGUGAAUCUCAGUGGAUCGACAGUUUAUUAUUACACGUUAGGAGAUGCCGACAUUUCACUAGCAGUGCCUAUUACAAACUCAUUAACACUGGCAUUGACAGUAUUAUCUGGAAUAGCGCUUGGAGAGUCGUUUGGAUCAUGGCGACGGAUACUCGGGAUGGGAUGCGUAUUUGUAGGGGUGACAUUGUGUGUCAGUUCUAAAUUGUCAUCGCAAUGA